UCCGAGUAGCCCGGGGGGGGCCAGCAAAGCUUUCGGGAAGGCAGGCACAGGUGCAGGCAGAGGUGCCGUCACAGCGAGAGGUGUCCUGUUUCAGAGUAGCUUUUUUUUCUUGUUUGGCGAGGGGGCGGGACACCCCCCGGGGCAUCCGUGCUGAUCGGGGCUCCCGCGCGACAGGAUGUUCUCUGCUCUUCCGCGAGCGAGGAGACGCUGGCAGGACUGCUGCCACGGAAACACAUUUGGUGGCGAGAAGCAAGGGACAGGCAGAACAAAAGGGAGAGCGAGAGAGAGAGGGAGGACAGAAAGGUGGUGACACAGACCGGCUCAGGGUGACGUUUGCUUUUUGCCUGGUCUGAAUCUUGGCGGCGAGGAGUUCGCAGGACCGUUCUGAAAUAAAAGGAUUGUUUCGGGGAAUUCCGAGGGGUUCUGUUCAUUUUGGGCAGUGGCCCGCUUGUGUUCAUUUGAGCCCAGCGAGCUUUCUCUCUCCGCAUACCUCCGUCCUGUCCAGGCACGUUUUGGCAAAGCCAGCUGUGGGACAGAGGCACGAUGAGGACGGAUACUCAGAUUGCUGCGGAGAGCACCAGACCUCUUCGCCCAGGUGCAACACAAGUUCCGGUUCAGCCCGGCAAACGCAGAAGACCAAUGGCGGCUCCGAAGACGGCGACGGAGAAGGCCGCCAAGCGGAAGAGGAUUUUGAUCACGGUGCUGGCGGUGCUGGUCGUACUGGCUAUAUUGGUGGUGGCCGGUUACUUUGUCAAGAAACUCAUUGACAGCAAGUACUUCUUCUGCGUGAGGUCGUUCAAGUUCAUCCCACUGGACAAGGCGUGUGACGGGAAGGCGGACUGUUCCGGGGGAGAGGAUGAGAGCACUUGCGUUUCCAGCCUGACCGCCAAUACCACCUUCCCAGUGCGUCUGGUGUCCAGCAGUCAGGUUCUGCAGGUGUACAGGCCCGGGUCGGGCUGGCGGACGGUGUGCGCGGAGGAUUGGAGUCCCCAGCACACAGAGACCACCUGCCGACAGCUGGGCUAUUCAGUAAACCCUGGAAUGUCCAAAGUUGAAGUCGGCACCUUGCCCACCGAUUUCAGGGCGUCGUUCUGCGGGGUCAGGUCUGACCCGGGCGCGGCCUCCACCAUUGAGCAGGCCGUCUUUGACCGCCAGUCAUGCUCUUCAGGCGCCGCGGUCUCCCUCACCUGCUCAAACUGCGGGGACCAGGCGGCCGAGGACCGGAUCGUGGGCGGGACGGGGACCACCAUCGAGGAGUGGCCGUGGCAGGUCAGCCUGCAGCAGAACGGCCAGCACACCUGCGGGGGGUCCCUGGUGACCCCGCGCUGGGUCGUCACGGCAGCGCACUGCUUCUCCGGAAGUAAGAAGGAGGUGAGCCGGUGGCAGGUGAUGACAGGGCGCACAAAUAUGGGGUCCUUAGGGGGCUCGUCAGUGGACAAAAUCAUCCUGAACGGGGAGUAUUCUGCCCAGCGCAACGACUAUGACAUCGCCAUGAUGCGGCUCAGCAAGCCUAUCACCGUUGGACAUACGCAACGGCCCGUGUGUCUGCCCCCCUACGGCAUAAAUUUGAAGGGGGGGACACCCCUGGUGGUGACGGGAUGGGGCUACACGGAGGAGAGAGGUAGUGUGUCCUCGGUGCUGCAGAAGGCCUCAGUGGCCCUGAUAGACAGAUCCGUGUGCUCCAGUCGCGAGGUCUACGGCCCGGCCAUCACUCCCAGAAUGCUGUGCGCUGGGUUCCUCGACGGCAAAGUGGACGCCUGCCAGGGGGACAGCGGGGGACCUCUGGUGUACCUGUCUGAUAAGUGGCAGUUGGUGGGCGUGGUGAGCUGGGGAGUGGGCUGUGCCCGUAAGGACAGGCCUGGGGUCUACACCAACGUCGACGAGAUGCUCAACUGGGUCUACACGGUCAUGGAGAAAAACCGAUGAGUGCUUCCAGGACCAAAGAAGGGAGGGGCCGGAGUGGGCCUUAUGCACUGAGGAGACUUCCUAUUACUUAUUUGCCAAAGAUGUUAACAUUUCUCACACAUGCAAGGAAUGGCAGGAACAUUGCACGCACGCACACACACACACACACACACACACACACUCACAUGCACACACACGCACCCACCCACUUACCCAUGCACGGAUAAACACACACACACACACAGAUAAUACCCACCGUUCAGGAUCACACUCUAGCCUCCAUUUCAUAUUUCAGGUUCUUUCUGUGAAUGAUCCUCCACGAGAGCUGUACAGAUGCUACAUUAGUAACUACAUGCCACCUUCAUUAGCAUUGAAUAGAUGCUAAUGAAUAUAGUAAUCUACGUUUGAAUCCAGUUCUGUGGUUGAUAUAAAUGCUUUUGUCGAUAACCUGCAUAUAUGCCUGUGGUGUGUAAUUUGGGUUAUCGUGGAAAUGUCGCUUGCUGCAUCAGUGGUGACAUAACACACCAUAUGCCUAUUUGCAGGUACUGACAUAAUGCAUAAUGAAAUGGUUCAGAAUGUAGUGCUUACACAUAUGAAGCUGGUAUGUACAGCUUGAGGAGUAGUUAUACAGCUCCUAUGGAUGAUCAUUAAUAU